AUGCAGUCUACCAUACUUGCUCUACUUGCUCAAAGUGCCUCAUUUAUACCAGCUACGCCAGAUGACUUCAGUGCUGAAAGCAGAUGUCUGGGUAUCCCCAUCGCAUUGGAGAGAAAUGGCGAGCGGAGUGCCUUCUCCUCGAUUACAUGCACGCGUAUUCACGGAGACUCCGAAGCAGUCCUAGUCGAUACGCCCAUCUCAAUUGAUCAAACCCAAGAACUGAUCAGAUGGGUUCUAGAAACAGCGCCCGGGAAGGCCCUCAAAUUUAUCUAUAUCACGCAUGGCCACGGAGAUCAUUGGUUUGGCCUCCCUCUCCUCAAAGAGCGCUUUGCGGAAGCUCGCGCGAUCGCCACUCCAGCAACAGUGGCCCACGCCGCGAAGCAACUUGCGCCAGAGCUACUAGACAAUAUCUGGCUUCGAUUCUUCCCUGGUAAUCAAAUUUAUCAACCUCAAAAAACUCCCGAAACCAAUGACAACGUGUCGGACCCUCGCGAGGCUUGGCCUUCGAAUACGUUUGAGGUCGAGAGCCAUGUGCUUCACAUAAUCGAAGUGGGCCAUACAGACACCCAUGAUACUACGAUUCUACAUGUGCCGAAUAUUCGGCUAGUGGUAGCUGGAGGUACUGUUUAUGGCGAUGUUCACCAGUUCUUGGGUGAGGCAUCUACCACUGAAAAGCGGCAGGAAUGGCUUCAAGCCCUGGAUAAGAUCGAGGCUCUCGAUCCACAUAUUGUGAUUCCUGGGCACAAGAGAGCAGGAACGGUUGAUGGUGUUUUCAAUGUACAGACCACUAGAAACUAUAUCCUGGCAUUUGAAGAGGCGGCUAAAGCUACAUCGAAUCCGGAGGAGCUGUUUGCGAGAAUGAAGGCUCUUUACCCGACGAGAAUCGACCCGCAUGCUAUUUUAGCGGGAGCGGUGGCUGCGUUUGGAGAAAAUGUGUAUGUCUUUGGGAAGAAAUCUUAA